GAUGGUAGGAAUGUCGAUCGGUAGCCCAAAGGCUAUGCGGUUUUGAUUUGCAAGAGAAGCGAUGCUUGGGGCGCCCCUGUGAAAAUGGAUGGGAUUUGAUUGGUAGACAGACGAAGCGGUGCGCUUGACAACGGAAGGGGCUGGGUAGCAUGCGACUAGCAGCAGUAGAAAUCGAGCAGAGAAGACAACAGAAAGGGAGAGAGAAACAACAAAAGAGACUGACGAACGAAACGAAGAAGAAUCGCCGUGACAGCUACGAUUUUCAACAACACAGAAACAAAUCUAAGGAGCGUGUUUUCAGCCCAUGUAUUUUUAGACCAAGCUCGUCGUAGCCAUGACAGCGGAGGAGAUCAUCAAUGUGAAGGAGGUGGAGAUCAUCAAGGUGAUCCUAGACUUCCUCAACUCCAGGAAGCUCCACAUCAGUAUGCUGGCCCUGGAGAAGGAGAGCGGCGUCAUCAACGGACUCUACUCUGACGACAUGCUCUUCCUCAGGCAACUGGUGCUGGAUGGGCAGUGGGACGAGGUGCUUCAGUUUAUUCAGCCGCUGGAGUGCAUGGACAAGUUUGACAGGAAAAGGUUCCGUUACAUCGUCCUGAAGCAGAAGUUUCUAGAGGCCCUGUGUGUGAACAACGCAAUGUCUGCUGAGGACGAGCCACAGCAUUUGGAGUUCACCAUGCAGGAGGCGGUGAAGUGUCUUCAUGCUCUGGAGGAGUUCUGUCCCUCUAAAGAUGACUACAGCAAGCUAUGUCUGCUCCUCACUCUGCCUCGUCUCACCAACCACGCUGAGUUUAAGGACUGGAACCCCAGCACAGCGCGGGUGCACUGUUUUGAGGAGGCGUGCACAAUGGUGGCAGAGUUCAUCCCUGCAGACAGGAAGCUGAGUGAGGCGGGGUUCAGGGCCUCAGGGAACCGCCUCUUCCAGCUCCUCAUUAAAGGAGUUCUGUAUGAGUGCUGUGUCGAGUUCUGUCAGAGCAAGGCGACAGGCGAGGAGAUCACGGAGGGCGAGGUGCUCCUGGGGGUAGACAUGCUGUGUGGGAACGGCUGUGAUGACAUGGAUCUGUCCUUACUCUCCUGGAUGCAGAACCUGUCCCACAGUGUCUUCUCCUGCGCCUUCGAACAGAAGCUGCUUCAGAUCCACGUGGACCGCCUGGUCAAGCCCGCCAAGGCCAGCUACGCAGACCUCCUCACCCCGCUCAUCAGCAAGCUGUCCCCCUACCCCUCCUCGCCCCUCUGCCGUCCCCAGUCCGCCGACACCUACAUGUCCCGGUCUCUGAACCCGGCCCUGGACGGCCUGUCGUACGGGCUGUCUGGCCAGGAGAAGAGGGGCCCAGGGGGGGACACGGCAGGGGGGAAGGGGAUGUCCCCCAUGUCUCAUUCCUUCGCUAAUUUCCACACAGGGGGCCAGAGUCUUAGCAGGAGUCUGAUGCUGGAGAGCUCUGACUGCCACAGCAUCUUUGAGGAGUCGCCUGAAGGCUCCAGGACAGACACGCCCGUGGAUAAGAUGAUGAGUUCAGGCACCCUGCGCCCCGAUUCCGCCCCUGGAGAGGACGCCCCAUCACCAAGCUCUGCAGAGAGGAACGAGCUGCGUGACUCGACAGAGAAGUUUGAGGAGUUCUACCGCCAGCGUCUGAGGGUACAGCAGCACCUGGAGCAGAAGCAGCAGCAGAGAAAAGUCUACCAGCAGAUGCUGCUGGAGGGAGGGGUGCAACACACAGACCAGCCAGCCCCCGGGACAGACGCCAUGCAGCACAGCCUCACGGAGACCUUCCUCAACAGGUCUAUUCAGAAGCUGGAGGAGUUGAACGUAGGGAUGGAGAGUCUAGGGGAGGAGGUCCAGUCUCUGUCCCAGCAGUGUAAUGGCACUUGCCCCACCCCCGAGAACAACAACAACAGUGACCCCGCAGGCCUGACCCCUGACCCCAGCGUGACCCUGACCCCCGAGCAGGGCCGCCCUCAGGGAGGAGGGGUGGUCAGCAGCACCCCACUACGCACCGCAGGGGGACGGGGGGUCCCCCCACCUAACGAAUCCCCCGUGGUCUCCCAGAGUCCCCUGACAGUAGCUGGACAGACCUCUGGAUUAGAUGACUCGCCAGGAGCCCUCACCCGGAGUAAGGAGGGGGACAAGCCCAAGCCCCUGUUUGUAGCUGUGAACACCCUGGAAGAUACUCAGGCGGUGCGCGCUGUAGCCUUCCAUCCCACGGGGGCGCUAUACGCUGUGGGCUCCAACUCUAAGACGCUACGCGUGUGUGCCUACCCAGACGCACCACUGGACACCAGUGGGAUGUCAGGUAUGACCAAGCAGCCGGAGGUUUGUUUUAAGAGGAAUAAGCACCAUAAGGGUUCUAUCUACUGUGUGGCCUGGAGUCACUGUGGACAGCUGCUAGCCACCGGCUCCAACGACAAAUAUGUCAAAGUCCUGCCCUUCAGCGCCGAGACCUGCAACGCCACAGGUCCAGAUCUGGAGUUCAGUAUGCACGACGGUACCAUCAGAGACCUGGCGUUCAUGGAGGGUCCAGAGAGUGGAGGGGCCAUUCUGAUCAGCGCCGGGGCCGGGGACUGUAACAUCUACACCACUGACUGUCAGAGAGGACAGGGCCUACAUGCUCUCAGUGGACACACGGGUCAUAUCCUGUCUCUGUAUACGUGGGGAGGGUGGAUGAUAGCAUCAGGCUCUCAGGACAAGACUGUGAGGUUCUGGGACCUGAGAGUACCGAGCUGUGUUAGAGUGGUGGGCACUGCCUUCCAUGGAUCAGGCAGUCCUGUUGCCUCGGUAGCGGUGGACCCUAGCGGUCGUCUCCUAGCGACGGGCCAGGAGGACAGCGGCUGUAUGCUUUAUGACAUCAGAGGGGGACGUAUGGUGCAGACGUACCGGCCCCACUCCAGCGAUGUGCGCUCCGUUAGGUUCUCACCCGGCGCACACUACCUUCUCACUGGUUCCUACGACACCAAGGUCAUGAUCAGCAACCUGCAAGGUGACUUGACGAAGCCGUUGCCCCUGACUCUGGUAGGGGAGCACGGUGACAAGGUGAUCCAGUGCAGAUGGCACACACGCGACCUGUCCUUCCUCUCCUCCUCCGCUGACCGUACCGUCACACUCUGGACACACAACCCCUAACACACACUCUCAACACAACC